CAGAAGUACGUUUUGGACCCAUGAAACUGACACAAGAACCUGUUCAGGUGCUGCUUAUCUUUGCCAAAGAGGACAGCCAGAGCGAUGGCUUCUGGUGGGCGUGUGAGCGGGCAGGGUACAGGUGCAGCAUUGCCCGCACCCCGGAGUCAGCGCUGGAGUGUUUUUUAGACAAGCAACAUGAGAUAAUCGUCAUUGAUGCCAGACACCCCAGAUACUUUGAUGCAGAAGCUGUCUGCAGGUCAAUCCGUGCUACCAAACCUUCUGAACACACUGUAAUACUAGCUGUGGCACCACAAAUACAACCUGGUCAAGAAGAGUCUUCAGUCCUGCCUCUUCUCAACGCUGGAUUCAAUAGGAGAUUCUUUGAGAACAACAGUACCUCUGCUUGUUACAAUGAGCUGAUUCAGUUAGAGCAUGGGGAGGUGUGCUCUCUGUUCAAACUACGAGCCUGUAAUUCCAUGUUUACAGCGUUGGAGCACUGCCAGGAAGCAGUAGAAAUAACAAGUGAAGACCACAUCAUACAGUAUGUGAAUCCAGCCUUUGAACGGAUGAUGGGAUAUUGUAAAGGAGAGCUGAUAGGAAAAGAGCUGACGGUAUUACCAAAAAGCGACAAAAACAGGACGGACCUCCUAGACGCCAUCAACAUGUGCAUUAAGAAAGGAAAGGAAUGGCAGGGGAUGUACUAUGCCAGGAGGAAAUCAGGGGACAGCAUACAGCAGCACGUGAAAAUCACACCUGUGAUGGGCCAGGGAGGGAAGAUCAGACAUUUUGUUUCUAUCAAGCGGCUUUGCAGUGACAAUAAUAAACAGGUAUACAAGAUACACCGUGAUGAAAAAUAUUGUGGAGAAAAUUCACAGACAGAGUCCUUGUCUUCCAGGCACAAGGACAGGAGGAAAGAAUCUAUUGAUGUCAAGUCAAUAACAUCUCGAAGCAGUGACGCUCCAAGUUUACAGAACCGCAGGUACUCGUCAGUGGCUAGAAUCCAUUCCAUGACGAUAGAGGCUCCCAUUACAAAGGUUAUCAACAUUAUCAAUGCUGCCCAGGAGAACAGCCCCGUGACAGUAGCGGAGGCCCUGGACAGAGUGCUAGAAAUCCUCCGAACCACAGAGCUGUACUCCCCCCAGCUCGGAAGCAAAGAUGAUGACCCACACACCAGUGACCUUGUCGGAGGUCUCAUGACUGACGGACUGCGGAAACCUUCUGGGAAUGAUGUCUUCUCCAAGAAUAUGACCCAAAUUCAAAGUCAUCUGGUGAUACCUGCCACCCCUAAUGACAUCCCUCCUCAAAUAGCACAGCUGCUGAACAACGAAGAGAUGUGGGAUUUCAACAUCUUGGAUCUGGAGGCUGCCACAAAUAAGCAACCUCUCACCUACCUUGGAUUGAAGAUCUUUGCCCGGUUUGGUGUGUGUGAGUUUCUGAACUGCACGGAGGCUACGCUGAAAUCCUGGCUUCAGGUUAUCGAGGCUAAUUACCACGCAUCCAACUCUUACCACAACUCCACGCACGCAGCCGACGUCCUACAUGCCACAUCCUACUUUCUCCAGAAAGAGAGAGUCAAGGGCAGUCUGGACCAGCUGGAUGAGGUAGCUGCACUCAUUGCAGCGACAGUGCACGAUGUGGAUCACCCCGGCCGCACCAACUCCUUCCUGUGCAAUGCAGGCAGCGAGCUUGCCGUGCUGUACAACGACAUGGCUGUGCUGGAGAGUCACCACGCAGCCCUGGCUUUCCAGCUCACCACGCGCGACAGACAGUGCAACGUCUUCAUCAACAUGGAGAGAACACAGUAUCGAACACUGCGGCAGGCAAUUAUUGACAUGGUCCUGGCGACAGAGAUGACGAAGCACUUUGAGCAUGUGAACAAGUUUGUAAACAGCAUCAACAAGCCGAUGGCAGCUAUAGAAGAAACCAGUUCCAAUAGUGAAGGCUGCGACUGUGAGUGCCCAGCGAGUAUUAAGAACUCACCGGAGAACAGGCUGCUCAUCAAGCGCAUGCUGAUCAAAUGUGCAGACGUGGCCAACCCCUGCCGGCCCCUGGAACUCUGCAUAGAGUGGGCUGGACGCAUCUCAGAGGAGUACUUUGCACAGACCGAUGAAGAGAAGAGAAAAGGGCUGCCUGUGGUCAUGCCAGUGUUUGAUCGGAAUACUUGCAGCAUUCCAAAGUCUCAGAUAUCAUUUAUCGAUUACUUCAUCACCAACAUGUUUGAUGCCUGGGAUGCUUUUGCCAAUCUGCCUGGCUUGAUGCAACACUUGGCUGAAAACCACAAGUACUGGAAAACAUUGGAUGAAAUGAAGUGUAAGAGCCUCAGACCCCCUCCAGAUCUGUGACAUCAUCAACAAGAUCUUGAAUGCAGCCCCUCAAUCUCACUCCUUCUCACUGUGAUUUUAUCAGAAAAAACUGUCACGGGAAAGAGAAUUUUUAGUGCAUUUUGCCGAGAUGGUUUACAGUAUCAUUGUGCUACACCGUGCCUGACAACUUAACAGAUGCGGUUGGAAAUUGCUGUUUUGUGAAGAUCAGUAAUUUCCCCAGAAAUACAAUCCACAUUAUGUUUGUAGAGACAUUUGGUUUAAAAAGAGGGGUGGGGUAAGAGAAAUAAUGCUAAGUAUUUAUGAUUCCUAAACUUGAUGGAGCACAAAGCCGCUUUGUGUUUUGGAACUUGGUUUCAGGAGACUAGGUUUCAGGCCACCGUAUGACACACCAGGGGAGGCUUGGGGUUUGAUACAGCAAAAUUGCACAAACUAGAUCACCCGGUCUCCUGGAACCAAAUUUAAACCCACUGUUCCUCAAAGUGGCUUUGUGUUCCCUCAGCUUAAGAGUUUAAUGCAUACAUUGUUACUGCUUUAUUUCUUACUAAAUCGCUUAAAUCGCAAAAAUGCCAUUGGCUUACCACUGUAUUACACUGAAGAAAUAGUAGCAGAUCCAUUUCCAGACCACAGCAUUGGCAGCAAUUGCAACACAAUCGAUUUGGAAGAAACAUUGCACAGUGUUUCUGGUAUGGCACCAUGGCACUGCAUGGAUCCAUGUGCAUUGGUUCAAACCAUUUGAAUACCGCUGGUAUGCAGGAAUGAUAAAGUGUUACUGCUGUGGUGUCAUUCUGAGUAGUAUCUUCAGUGCAGAAUCGAAGCACUGCCAUUGUGUGCCACUUUAUUGUCAAUGAAGAUCAUUUGCCACGGGGUGCCUCCAUCAGAUGAGAAGUUAUAUAAAGAUCAGAUUCCAGAUUUGCUCACAUGUCACAGAAGGAACCUUUGCAGCAGUCUGAUCCCACAGACCCCUGCUGUUUCUUUUAUCCAUGUGGUUUAAGAUCGACCUCCUCAGGAAAGGGGAGUGUAUGACAAUAAUACGGGUUAGUACAAGUGUAACAGAUACAUCUUAAAUUGCAUUGGGUUGAAGUCAACUAACUAGAAUCAAUUCAGAAUCAAAAACAGCAAUCUCAUAGCAAGCUUGGCUGCGACCGCUUUAUCAUUUCCUAAAUUCCUAUGUUCAUAAAGCUGGUGUUUCACACACGUCUUGACGUAAAUAUUUGAGGACUGCUCUUUUCCAUUGCCUGCUGCGCUGCUAUUUCUUGCUGGAACCUACACUUUUACAAGUGAAAUGAACUGCCUGCAGUAUCAUUCCUCUAUUUUUCAAGGUCUCUUAUGGCUGCUCUUUUAUAAAUCAUGCUAGCAUACAUUUUAAAGAUGUUUUUUUUCAGGGUGAAUUUAGGCCAGCAGCCACCCCCUAGUGGUGCCAUCGAAAACAACAGGAAACUUGAAACAACACUGAAUAACCAGAUUAUUGUACCUUUACGAUUUUAAAACUUUGAGGUUACUUCACCUUUAGGAUGUUAAAAUUGAGACUUGACUGGCCCUGUGCUACGAUCAAGCAAUAACAUUAAGGGUCUAGAAAGACAUGUGUUAAAGUAAUGAGCAGCAAUGCCUCAGAUGGAAGAAUGCAUUUCGAUCCCUGUUGUAGAAGCACAGGGUUGAACUACCCUAGACUCUAGCCUGUGAUAAAUUGUAAAGUGCCUUUUUUGGCAGAUUCUACCAGUAUGAGGAAGCCAUUAUUUAUGGUUGUUUUAUGUAGUGUGUACAAACAGAGAGAGGCUACGAUUGAACAGUUAAGUUAGAGAUAAGUUAAGUUAGAAGUGUUAUUUUUCUUUUCCUAUACUGAAUCUGACAUAACCCAGUGAAAACUCGAUAUGAAACGCAAAAAGGGUUAACAUGGGUGUUAAUACAAUCGUAUGAAAUAGAAAGAUUUUUACUAUCACAUUGCAUUCUUCAAAUACAGUAGCUUCUUAAUAUAGACUCCCAAGUUACUAGUUAACCCAAACUUUCCCAAUUAAAGAAAUAAGAGAGCUCAAAUCACUUUUACUGUGCUAUGCUGUUACAGAAUGAUAAACCUUUAUGAUUGUAAUUAUUAUGUUUCUAAUUGAAAUGAUUUACUACAGUUAGUUAUUCCAGCCCAUGGAGCUAUGUUAACAACCCUCUCGGCUGAACAAAUGGGUAGCCAGUAUGAUGCAGUGUAAUGUAAAAGUAUGAUAUUUAAUGUACAUAUAUAUUGUUUUGCAGCUAUUAAGAAUGUAAAGUAAGAAGACAUGUUCCUGUAUAUGAUAAAGGGGUAACCCUUUAGUCCAGGGAUCUGUUCUAAGUGGGUAUAUUCUGUGUAUUAAUCUUGUAAUAAUGUAUACAAUAUUCUUAAACCAUGCACCAGAAACAUGAUUUCAAAAGUGCAUUGUAAUUUAAUGUUAUAAUUAAUACAUGUUUAUAGAUUGCAGAUGACCGUUUAUAACGGAUCCUUAAACUAAAGUGCUAAAUUAACUAUUCAACCAAAGGCAAAGUGUCAUCUACAUAAACUGCCUUAUUACAAGCACUUAACCUUUUCUAGAAAGGGUUAGCUGAUUUUAUGUGCAUCAGAAAUAUUAAAAGCCAGCCAUCAUUUUAAUCUCCUGCCUGUUCAAGCUGACACAUUUAAAGUGUGUGAGGUGCGAGUGGGGACGAGUCUUUAUACCCGGUACAGUUUAUUUUGCAUGCCUCUAAUGACUGCUGCUUUAAUGUAGUGUUCUCAUCAGAGUAAACAGAGUAGCAGCCACAAGUUAUUUUAUCCUUGCAUUUUUAAGAAAGUAUUGUAAAACUCUGAAGCACAAAACAUGAAUCAUGUUUAGAUUCUAGCACAGCUUUCAUUUCUGCAAGUCAGAAAUUACAAAGCUUGGUAACAUUUCACUGUAAUGUGUUUUUUUUUUUUUUUCUGCUAUAAUACUACUGCUUUAUCAAGGGAAAGCCAGGCUAUUUUUUUAAACUAUCACAAGAGCACAUUGUUGUGUAUUUGUAUUAAUCUUUAAACUACCAUCAGAAAUGUACAGUGAGGGAACAUUCCAAAAUAAGAAAUGGGAAAUGGGCUACUUUGUAUACUGUCACUUUUAAGUUAGUCAGAAUUCCUACCAAUUGUGGAGGUUGUAACUCUUAAGUAUCAUUUUUCAGGCGAAAUUAAAAGAUUGAAUGCUAGCACGAUUGUCAGAGUAGCUUUCAAGAGUUAAACACUGUCUUGUCCUUAAGGUAGUUUGUGCUUAGUUUGGAUAAAAGAGGUUUUUUAACCAGCUGUAAAAAACAUGUUGAAUUCCCUCGUUCAGCUCAAAACAUUGUACUUAUGAAAGAGGAAGGCAUUUAUCACAGAUUCAAAGUAUUUGACACCAGAGACCAAAAGCGAUUCCCAUCUUCGCCAAUUAAGUGCCAUUGUUCUCGUUUGAGGACAUGCUACAUUGUCAUUUUUUGGAGCAUUUUUAACUGGCGUCUAAAUGUUAUUUUAAUGUUCUGUUUAACUAUAUUGUUAUGAUAACUUACUCUAAUUUUGUUAACCGCAAAAGUUAUGUCUAAAUAUAAUGUGUUAAAUUACAUAAGCACAGCUUGUGUUCUGAUUUUUUUUUUAAAAUAAAUAUGGUACUUAAUGGGUUAAUGUAGGAGCUCUGUUCAUCAGCCUAGUUCUUAGUGGUCAGGAGGGAGUGCUACUAAAGACUCCAUGAGAAUAUGUGCUGUUUGCUGGCACUGCCACUGCCUCUGGCACAAGAUCCAGCCCACAUUGGGACUCUUUGGAGCUUAGAGUUGCUGUGAAGAGGACUUCUGUCCCCAGCAACACUGACUUUCACACGCACUAAAUGUUAACAUUUAAAAUGAUGUAAUAUCAGGAGCGAUAAGAAGGAUCGUAUACAAAGGAGUUUUUAUUUGUGUAUUUUUUACAGUGUCACUACAGACACAAACAUUAUGUGCCAACUGUUUUU